UUUGCGUAAUCUUGAUGCAGGGUAAGCAAAGAGGUGUUCGUGUACGAGUACUAGGUAAGUAGCUGCGAGCCAGUGAUCAGCCUGACCACUACGGGUGGUUUAUCCGGGAGGGAUCAAUUUAUCUAGUCCUGCUACUACACCUAUGGAUGUGAAGUUACUAUGCGUACGUAUGCUAAUGCCGUGGUGGUCAUCCCAGGGUUCCUGGACCCUGUUAUCUUCGCCCUUUGCCCUUUUCAUCCCCUCGACGAUGGAGGGUCUGAUUGGAAAGCAAAGGGGGGCAGAGUCAUCCGGGGUAAAUUUCUUGUUUCUCAUAAGGCUGAGUGGUGAAUUUCGGCUAUUUGGUGCUCAGUGCUCACCCUCACCGAAAUGCCUCGAAGGUUCCUCCUCUUCACUUCUACCCCCAAACAACCCCCCCAGAUUAUUCCCCAACCAGCCCUAAGACCAAUAAACUCAAAAAGUCCGACCACAUCGAAGCAUACUGUAUGAGCAAAUUUAGCUCCAAUUCCCCAAU